AGCGGCGGCAGCGUAGCCCCAUGGCGUGCGUGGGCCGCGGGCGGUGCUGCGCGGGCGGGCGGCGGCAGGGCAGCAUCCUCUACCACAUCCUGCGCAGCGAGGAGCAGCCAAGGGGCUCGGGGCCAGGCUGCUCGUGCGGCGCCCGGGGCCGGGGCCGGGGCCGGAGCCGGGCCGCGGCGGGCGGCGAGAGGGCGGCGGCGGCGGCCGUGCUGGUGAAGACGCUGCGCUUCGUGAAGGGGGUGCCCUGCUUCCAGCAGCUGCCGCUGGCCGAGCAGCUGGUGCUGGUGCGCGCCGCCUGGGCGCCGCUGCUGGUACUAGGGCUGGCGCAGGACGGCGUGGCGCUGCCCGCGCACGAGGCGGCCCAGCCCAGCAUGCUGCAGCGCAUCCUCACCGCCCGCCCGCCGCCGCCGCCCGCCGCCGACCUGCAGGCCCUGCACGGCGUCCUGGCCAAGUGCUGGAGCCUGGACAUCGGCCCCAAGGAGUACGCCUACCUCAAGGGCGCCGUGCUCUUCAACCCGGAUCUACCAGGGUUGCAGUGUACACAGUACAUCCAGGGACUGCAGAGAGAAGCACAGCAAGCUUUAAACGAACAUGUCAGACUGAUUCACAGAGGGGACCAGGCCAGAUUUGCCAAGCUGAAUAUUGCUCUUUCCUUGCUGAGAUCCAUUAAUGCUAAUGUAAUUGCUGAACUAUUCUUUAGGCCUAUCAUUGGCACAGUGAACAUGGAUGACAUGCUGCUGGAGAUGCUUUGUGCAAAAUUAUAAAGGCAUGUAUAAUAUACAAAUAAAUUAAAUGCAAAGGAAAUCCUAGAGCAGAAUAGUGUACAGCACUGUAAAUAAACUAACUUAUUGUUUUUACAUAGAUAGUAUUUUUGUAUUCAAUAAUAACAUAUUCAGGUUAUGACAUUACAUUUUAUUAAAGCUAUUGCUUUUAGAAUAGCUUUCAGAAUUACAAUCAAAUUAUGCCUUUUAAACUGUUAAGAGUUUUAGUUUCCAAAACUGAGGUGAAUAUUCUCUUGCUAUACCUCUGAAUAAAGGUAAUUUAUCUGUG